UGGACCCACUGUCAGUGUCGAUGGUUGUUUCGUUCCGUUUGAAGGAUUGAUCGAUGUUGUCUCAGGGGCUAAGAAUAUGAAGCAUUUCUAUAUAUUUUGGUUGAAUGUAUUUGGUAAGUCAGUUGAAUGUAUUUGGUAAGUUGAAUGUAUUUGGUAAGUAUAUCCAUAGUUUAUGUUAUAUAAGGAGAAGUUCAUGUUAGUUUAUUAUUCUUUUAUUUAAAACUUUACGGCUCCCUAAAGUUUGAUGUUUGGGGAAGAACUUAGAGGAAAUGUUCACAAAGAAAGGUUGUAUGACAUGUGUUGACACAGAAUUGUUUCGAUGGUAUUUAUCAGUGGAGUGCUCAACAGAUUGUCGGCAAGCGAUAGCUGUACUCGGUAUAAAAUUCCUCAAUUCGUCGGCAGAAAACGGCAAGGUAGACAGUUCAAUAACUGAAAGGAAACGGCUCAGUUCAUCAGCUUGUCCGCAGGCAUUAGAUAGGAAUACUAUUACGCGAGUGAAAGCCCCACAUCCCGCACACACACACACACACACACACACACUCACACACAGGUAAAUCUAACUCUUGCCAUGAUCAAUUGUUCCUUAGUCUUUGGUGGUCAAAGUGUUGUGGACAAGACUACAGUUGCAGAGGGGCAGACGUUCACCAUUACAUGUGAUCACCUCCAUGUCAAAGGAACCAUGCCCAAUUGCUUUCUAGAUUUUUUAGAAGUGCGCAGAUAUCUCCCUGAAAGCUUCAAUGUAAUCCUCUCUUUCUCCGACGGCCACACCAACAGAGUAAGAUAAUUGUGUAAAUCAUUUGCAGCCAUUCUAAUUAAACUGUUACUACACGCCAUGCUUCUCAUUCAAUGAUCACGUAAAAAUAAUGAGUGUCGGUAGAAAUUUUGUAAUAACGAAAAAAAAAAGAAGGAUGGUUUGUAUAUCAGCCAUAUUUCAUGUUGUAAGAAAACAUCAUCCGCCUAACAAUGCAUCAAAGAUACUGGACAUUGCAAUAGAUAGCACACCUAACGAAACAUCACACACAUUUCACUGUUUGUACACAUCCCACCUUACAUAACUUCAAUGCAUCAAUUAAUCGAAUAUAAAAUGUAUUUGCAUCAAUUAAUCGAAUAUAAAAUGUAUUUUUACAUAAAGCUUCCUAAACAUUGGACGGGACUUUGCAUAAACCCAGG